AUGAAUAAUAAACAAGCAGAGUCGCGUUCCUUGGAAACCAACCAGGGAAACGUGGCAAAUUUGGAAGAUUGUCCUUCCUAUACCACUACCACCAUCACCUCAAACAUCUCUAAAUUCGACCGACUGCCGGAUUCUGCAGUUGAGCAGAAAUCCUUGCCGCAGGACACGAAACAGAAAGUGCCCUACACGCAAAAAUAUCAACUGCAAAUUCGAAAAAGUUCACAGCGCUCCCCUGAUGAUAUCCCUACACCUUCUCCGCCUAUUGGAGCUCACAGCGGAUUACUGCCGGAACUCACUUUUGAUCAAGGCAAAGGUCAAUUUCUAUGGGCGCCUGAAAACUAUCAAGGGAAUCUGAGGAAGCGCCGGAUGAACAUUAACUCACCCUCGGCGUCUCCCAAACCCUACGACAAGGUACCUCGCCCGCCCAACGCAUUCAUUAUAUAUCACAAGACGAAAUCCAAGGAGCUGUCCAAGUACAAGUCGAAAGCGCGAAGUGUGUCCGACGAACGUCAUCCAUCGAAAACUGUGGCCGAAAUGUGGAGGGAAGAACCGGAGGAGAUUAAGCUGUAUUAUCAGAGGGAGGCGGAUUUGGCGCUGGUAGAACACAAGAAGAAGUAUCCGUAUUAUAAAUAUAAACCGAAGAAGAAAGAUGGUAAAAAUAAAGGCAACUCAACAUCAUCUCCCGAUUCAUUCAAAGACUUGGGCCCUGGAAAUUCGAAAGAGGAUUCGCAAGUACCAAUGGAACAUAGAAAACAGGCGUCCAUGGAGUCAGCGUUUACGGUAUUUGACCUUCGAGCUUCGUCCGAGAGGCAAGAAGAGAAAGUCGAAGAAGCCGUGGAAUCAAUACUUUCAUUCAUGCCCGAAAUACCCGAGUACAAUCAAUCCUUUACGCCAUCGCUGACCACCGUCCUGGAAGAUUCCCCGUUGACCGCUCACAUCCUGGAAAAUCUGGAGAAUUCCAUGACACCAGCUUUCUCCGACACCACAUUUAAUGAGGCUGGCUAUUCCCAAUUCAAUGAUAACAUCAGUAGCAACAACGAGAUAGGUGUUCCAACGAUCGCAAACAUCGCUCCGGACGUCAUUGACUAUCUGUUGACACAUUGGAAUUUACCCGACAGUCUAGCUGGAUACAUCGUCCCCCCUCAGGACACACAGGCGUCAUCAAUUACAUUACCUUCCGACUCACUACAAGAGCUUCCACCGACACCAACGAGUCCCAUAAACGUGUUUCCAUACUCAUCGACAAUUACAACAGACAUUCAAUGCGCGAAUCAGCCGCAAUCGCUUCAUAAUAUUCAACAGCUUUUUCAACUGCAAUUUCAACCAGCUCACCCCAACGAAUGA